AUGGCUGGUGGCUGGUCCCCUGAAGCAGAUGUAGGAGUAAAAAGAGGAGCGGGAGGAAGCGUUCGGGGUCCCUCGGUACGACCCGAAGAGUUGUUGGGUAGCUACAGACCGGGACAAGAAGACAAAAUGAAGGUUAUAUUGGCAGCAUUAGUAUGCGCUUUGGCAGUAAAAACUGUGAUGGUGAUGCCGGUAGCGGAGCCGGGAGAGCCGCUUCCAGUGGUGCCGUUGGAGAAGAGUUCCGCCCAACACGUGCUCAGGCGAGAGACUGUCGAAACUGCACCAGCACCUACUCCUAGCGAACACAAGGAAAACGAGACCCCGGAGGCUCACAAGGCUCAUGAACACCAGCAUCAGCAAGCCAGACUCGCUGAUAAGCCUGAAGAAAUCCCCGAGAAGCUGGAGAAGACAGAAGAAAAGAAGGAGGAGGCCAAGCCUGCUGAGGAGAAGAAAGAAAUUAUCCUUGAUGAGAAGAAAGAGCUGCCAGAGAAAGAAGAAAAAUUAAAAUCCGUCGCUGCGGAGGCUGUUCCUGAGAGUAUUGUUCUCGUUGAAGCUCCAGUUGCUGCUCCAGCACCAGUUGAAUCAAAACCGGAAGCAAUUGUACCAAUCGGAAAAAGUGCCCCGCAAGAAGAAGCCGUGGAGCCAAAGACUGAAGAAAAGCCAGCAGAGGUCCAGAGCCCAGUUGCCAGUGAAACAGUAGCUGCACCAGCUGUGAAAUCCGCGGAAGUAAUCCCCGAGCUGUUGACCCCCGUUCAAGCUGAGCCCGCUAAAGAGCCAGCCGUCGAGCCAGUUGUCGCUGAGGAAGAGAAGAAAGAAGAAAAGAAAGAAGAAUCCAAGAAAGAAGCUAAAGCCGAUGACAAAACUGACCGUGUAACUCGCGGAACCGAGGAAGCUUCACCAGCUGCUGCUGCUGCUGCUCCUGCUCCUGCUCCUGCUCCUGCUCCAGCGGUACCCGCACCCGCUUUGGAAAUCGCAGCUGCUUCUGACGAGCCUGAGAAGAAAUUCGAAGAGAAGAAAGAGGAGCCUGCUCACGAGACCUUUGACAAGAAAGUAGAAGCUGUCGAGGCUGCCAAAGAAGAAAAGAAGCCAGAAGAAAUCAAAGAAGAGCCCAGUGUGAAGGCUUUGGAACCUGUUGCUGCUCCUGCUGCUGCUGAAUCUGCUUCUGCAGUUGCUGCUGCGCCAAAAACUAUCGAAGCUGAGAAGGAAAAGGAACAAGUUAGUGACAUUAAAGCCGCUGAACCAGUAAGUCAAGGAAAAAGUGCACCUGUUGCUGCUGAACCAGCUGUUGCAGAACAGCCCCAAGCUUCUGAGCCUGCAGCUGUUGCUGAAUCGACGCAACCCAAGCCAGUGCCUGUUGCUGAGACGAUAAUUGCCAAGUCUGGAGCCACCGAGGCUGCCAAAGAGACCAUCGAAGCUGUAAAAGCCGAGAAUUCUUCAGAGGAAAAGUCCAGCGAGGAAGACAAGUCCAGCGAGGAAGAGAAGAAAGAAAAGCCUGCGGAGAUCAAGCCUGUUGAAGCUAAGAAGCUAGACUCAAAGCCUGAGGAGCUCCCGAAACCUCAGGAGUUGAAGGAAAAUUGA